UGUCUGAGAACAGACAUAUAUUCAGUCUACUGGUUAAACUCCAAGCAAGAGUGAAAAACACUGGCAAAUUAGACGAAAAAGGAGAGGUUCACAACUAACUUCAGCAUCUUGAGUGUGUUGAAAGUGCAGGUGAUCGAACUGCGUAAAUGAUACUGCUUAGGCACAAUGUCCUUCAUGAACGCUGUCGAUACUCACAGAUAGCCUACAGAUGUAGAAAUCGCAACGAGGAUUUCUAUUUUAUCAAAAUAUUAAAUAUAUAUUAAACAUGAUAGUAUUUAUAUAUAUAUAUAUGUAUACACACCCACAUUUGAUGGCAUAAAUUUAAAUAUCUAAUAAAUCGAAUAUGACUUAUGGUUCAAUCCAACAGACCUUCGAAAAAGAUGAAUUGCGAUAAGUGUCAGUCGAUAAAGUUAAAUUCAAUUCCUAAUUUUAUUUUCGAUGUCACGAUCUUCCGUAUACUAUAUUCAUAGGAGCGAUGCAUCGAUGCGCAUGUGCACUGGAAAUUAAGAUUGUUAAAAUAAGCCACUUUCACCUCGGUUUAAAUACUCUGUGACAAGGUUUCGUUUAAUAAGGUAGCCGUGAGGGACUCUAAAUAAACGGUUACCGAUUCAUCAGAAAUACGUUUCAAGAAGCAUGAAAUGCAUAAAAAGACAGCUAAACGAAAUACGUGCAACUUGUUAAUUCAAAAUACAAAAGCAUCAGACAAAUUUUCAUCUAUAAGGGAGUACAAAAAUAACGAUAAUGAAAGUAGCGAACAUUUUCAACUGCCAAGUUUACAAAAGAAAAAAACAUGGAAAGAUGUUAACAAUCAGGUAUCUACAUGGGAUGAAAGUAGCAACGGAACAAUUUGUACAUCUUCUUUGACGGAAUUAGAAGACACUGCAACUGCUAAAGUUGUGCAACAAUGGGAUGCUAUUGAAAAUACGCUUUAUGAAGAUGGUAAUCAAGUAAUUCAGACAGCUCUUUUAGAAGAGUGUACACAAUGGAGAAAGCAGAUACCGCACUUGAGAAUAGUUGGAAAAAAUCCAUUUUUACCAGCUAAAACCAAAUAUGAAAACCUUGGCAGAAAUAGUAAUCAGUCAAAGACUAAUCUUGAUUCAUUUAAUGAUGAAAUACUCCCAGAAUUAAGUCAGUCUAUAAAGGAAAAGAAAACUUCAUCCAAACAUAAAUUGCAAAGUACGUUGCAAGAUAAGAUACUCAAUAUGCUUUUUGACUACGUAGUUUCUGAAUUAUUGCCAAGUAAAGAAAAUGAAAUUGAAAAAGAUUUUGAUAAAGUUUCUCAAGUAAGGAUGGCACCUAUUCAUAGUAACAAAAGUUCUGCAAGAAGUACCAAAAUGACUUGGUUUGAAGAAACCAUUCCUCUGGAUAACACAUUUUCAAGUGGCAGAGAUAAAUUGAUAGAAGAUCAUAUUAUACCACUAAAAAAAGAAACCAUUCAUGCUAAUUUACAAGAGAAUCAAAAUUGUAUUUAUAGGAAAUAUGAUAAUCUUAAAUAUAAUAACGGAACUAAGAAUGGUCAGGAUAAUACAUUUUCCGCAGAAGAUAAAUUUUUGAGGCCCCAUACCAGCAGAAAUAAACUUGGAACUGUUUUUAAUGAAAAGAUUGUAGUCAGCCCUGUGCCAUAUAUUCUAUCAACCAGAGAGAGUUUUUCUACAAUAAAGACUACCCCUAUUAAAUUUAUGGAACAACCUUUGAAUGUUUCCACGUUUCAAGGAAAUAGUUUAACUCCAACAAAAUAUUCAAGUUAUCAAUCAGCUUGGCAUGCUACUGUUUCACCUGCUGUCUGGUCAAAAAAUAUAAAGCUUGCUCCAUUAGACACUUCACGACUUCCCAGUAGUAAAAAUAGAUCUUUAACAUCAUCAUCAGUUGUAUUGCAACGUAACAAGAAACCUCUAAGUCCUAUUUCUCGGUCCACUCCGCCUGUUUCUGCACAAACAAUUCAUAAUAAUACCAAAUGUUUUGAAAUUCAAGGAAGACAUAUAAGUUCUGGACAAUCUUCUAAAUUAAGCGUAAUUAACACUGGUUCAGACCAUAGUACUAAAAAUAGUAAGAACAAGAAAAAAAGGAGCCAGUCAAAAACAAAAUUAUAAUGAAUUGAAAUCAAUAUUAUUGACUCGAAAAAUUAAUUUUAUAUUUUAAAUAGUGUUAUUUUCAUUUUUGUAAUUUCAACUGUAUUAUUUAAUUUAAUCAUCAAAUAGGGGAAAUUCAGUUGAUUUCAUUCAUGUUAUUAUAUGUAAAAGGGAAAUUAAUUUUUUUUCUUACAUAAUUUUAAACCAACAUAAUAUUUUAUGAAAUGUUUGCUACAUACCUCUUAGUUUUUUAAUAGGUAAUAUAUGCCAUAAAAGUUCAGAUAAUGAUCAGUAUAAAGUGAUGUUUUAUAUGAAUCAUAAAUGUACUGUUAUUGUUAAAUAAUUGUAAGAAAUAUUGAUGUGUUAAAGCAUUGAAACGUGUUCUCAUUAUAAAUGUAUUUCGCAUUAUUAUACAAAGAAAAUGUUCGUACACUGUGUUAAAAAUAAUACGUAUUAUUGUUUUUAGCGCGUAAAUAUGUAUUUUAAAUAUUCUUGUUGGUUAAAAGAGAAACAUAUUGUUGUAACUAUCUCUACCUCACUCUGUUUACGUGUUAAUUAAUGCACACGCUUAUGUGCGCAGGUGAAUAUAUUUUUGUAAUGCACAAAUUUGUAAAUAGGUGUAUUUAUUUGUAAA